CUCUUGUCCUCUCUACUUGCACGAGCCGUUUGUUCUCAUCUGUAGAUUCAAUAUUCUCUUGCUACUAUCCAGGGAUUCACAUUUUGCCUCGCGGUGGACCAGUGCGUCUGUACGGAGCUUUUUACGCGGGACAAAAAUGCGUAGAGAAGCAGAGAUGCGCUCCUGGGACUCUCUUCAUUGAUGGUCGUGAGCUCCCAUCACAGGCCCUGUUCUCUGGCCAGUGGAGUUAGUUCCUCACGUGAAUAUGGUCCGGUGAGCUACCAGGAAGAGGGGUUUCACCGAGAAUUCUGAAAGAAGGACACAAUGAAGAUUUGGAGCACGGAGCAUGUUUUCAGUUACCCUUGGGAGACAGUGAUCAAGGCUGCAAUGAGAAAGUACCCCAACCCCAUGAACCCUAACGUGGUCGGCGUGGACGUGCUGGACCGCAGCCUGGACGCCCAGGGACGCCUGCACAGCCACCGACUCCUCAGCACAGAGUGGGGCCUGCCGAGCAUCGUACGAGCGAUACUGGGAACCAACCACACACAAACCUACGUGACGGAGCACUCCAUCGUCGACCCAGAGGAGAAAAAGAUGGAGCUGUGCUCAACAAAUAUUACUCUGACCAACCUCAUAUCAGUGGACGAGAGGCUUCUUUACAGGCCCCACCCAGACAACCCUGAGGUUACCGUCCUGACCCAGGAGGCAAUCAUCACAGUCAAGGGAGUCAGUCUAAGCAGUUACCUGGAGGGGAUGAUGGCCAUGAGAAUGUCGGCCAACGCCAGGAAGGGUUGGGAUGCUAUUGAGUGGAUUAUUCAGAAUUCGGAAACAGAGAACAUGCCUCUCUGACAUUUACUUACUCUGGGCUGCAGCUCCACUGUGAUGACUAGUCCCUGGCUGCAGGUCCUGGACCUCCGGGGAUCCUCAGCAUCUUGGGAUCCUCUGCAAUUGGUGCUCAGACUGUCUGGGGCUCCCCCUCACGCACACAAGCACACACACAUACACGCACACACACACACACAUGCCUCCUCUCACCUCUAGAGAACAUGCACUGGAGGCUCCAACAGACAACUGCUGCCAAAGCUCUACAGUUAUGAGGAAGUGUCAAGGAUUGUGGUUGGACUCACUAACCCAUUUACAGUCGGUCUAAUUAGAGACUGAGGAAGCCAUGACAGUUCCUCAGUGUGUUUAACACUCUCCUGGUGAGUGACCACAGGGUUUACAAGUCUUGUGUUGAGGAAAUGUAUCAACUUCACCAGCAACUUGGCUGGUUAGAAUAUUUUACUACUAAAGCAUGUUUACUUCGCUCUAGUGUCCUGGCUUCGUUUAGAAAGAUUAGGGUGCAAUAGGGAGACGCAGAAGGUUCAGUACAAAAUAAUAUGCAACUAGCUUCAUCAUUUCAUUUACAUGAUAUAUGUAUUUUUUCUCAACCGGAGUUCAAGCCGGAGACUUUUUACGGGUGCUUAUUGCGUGUGUUUCAAGAGGCACAAACAGUAGACAAUAUGUCUGCAUGAUAGUUACAGUAUAAAAACAAGGGAAGGGAAGUUAUGGCUAGUUUGGUUGCCAGGCAGCUAGCUAUGAUUGCAGGAAAUAUGAU